CUCAUCUCUCCGCUCAGACCGUCUGUCAGCCAAGCGAUCUCUUGCCUUUUUUCCCCUUUUUUUGGUUAAGUAUUUUUUUUUUACACUGGGGAUCCCUUCGUUCAGGUCGUCUCCUUGCAGUUGCGAUUCUGGGGUGACUUAGACGGAUGGCGAAAGUGCCGUGGCAAGUCGAUUCUACGCGAAUUCGUGGAUAAUGUCGAAUUAAUCGAGUAAACACAGUGUUCACGAGUUGUUUGAAGCUUUCCCAGGUGCACUUGGGAGAAGUUUGGGAAAUUUGCAAGGUGGGAAGGGUGAUUUAUCGAAGAGUUAGCAGGAGUUUUCGGAGGGUUGUCGAGCUUUUGCGAAGUGAAUGUGCGGUUUUGAGGGUUUUUGCAACGUGAGAUUUGUGCGUCAUUUUUUAUCACGAAUGAUAUAAGUGAUUUUGCGAGUCGAGAGGAUUACAACAACGAAUUUUAUGCAGUCGAAGAAGUACAAGGAUGCGAUGAGUGAUGAAAGCAGUGGAAGUGACUUCGAUGACGACGAGGAUCCAGACAAAAUUGAGGUUCCUGGUGGUGGGAAGGACCUGGCUACUGCUGCUGGCAUCAAGGAGGAGAGCUCUGGAGAUGCUGGGGGAGGCCCAGGCGUUAAAGUCGAAGGAAAUCCUGGGGUAAAUCCAAAAAUGUCAUCAAAAAUUCCUGGUGGAUUGGUGACGAAACCGGCAGCCCCAGGGUAUGAAAUGGUGAGGGUCGGUGGAUCCCAGGGGGCUCCUCAGGGUUUUCCCAAUCAAGCUCAACUUAACCAAAUGGCCCAGUUCGGUGGUGGGGCUGGAGUGCCAUUUGGUAAUUUUCCUGGGAAUCUCGGAUUCAACGCAGCUACACUGUUUCAACAGAUGGGCAAUUUCAUGGGCAGCUUUAUGGGCAUGUCUGAUAUGAACAUGGGUGCCAAUCCAUUCCUGCAGCUGCUGAAUCAAAGUGGACUUCAUCAGAACUGGGCUGCUGGACUGCCAGGAAAAGCAGUCUCUCAGCUUUGGAUGAAUUCAGCAGAUCCCAACAAGAUGAUGCAGCCGACAAUUCCCGAGGAAGACGAGGCGGAUGAUGAAGACAUGGGUGUAGCCGAAACCUACGCCGACUACAUGCCAACAAAAUUAAAGCUAGGCCGCAAGCACCCUGAUCCAGUGGUGGAGACGGCCUCGCUGUCGAGUGUGGAGCCAACUGACGUCUGGUACAAAAUAUCCCUGCCAGAGGAGACGAUAAAAUCAGGCGCUCUGUCUGCUCUCCAGCUGGAGUCCAUCACGUACGCCUCUCAGCAGCACGAGCACCUCCUCCCGGACGGCAGUCGAGCAGGUUUUCUCAUUGGCGAUGGCGCUGGUGUGGGUAAAGGCCGGACAAUCGCCGGCAUCAUCUUCGAGAACUACCAGAGGGGGCGGAAACGCGCUAUCUGGGUGUCGGUCUCCAACGACCUCAAGUACGAUGCGGAACGAGAUCUAAAGGACAUUGGAGCAGGAAAAAUAGACGUUCAUCCGCUUAACAAGUUCAAAUAUGCUAAGAUAUCAUCGGCUGUUAAUGGAAAUGUCAAGAAGGGUGUCAUAUUCAGUACCUACUCAGCGUUGAUUGGGGAAUCCACUCAAUCAGGUGGUAAAUACAAAAGUCGAUUGAAACAGUUGCUCCAGUGGUGCGGCGAGGACUUCGAUGGUCUGAUAAUCUUUGACGAGUGUCAUCGAGCGAAGAAUCUAUGCCCCACAGGCAGCUCGAAGCCCACGAAGACAGGUCUGACAGUCCUGGAGCUUCAGAACAAAUUGCCAAAGGCCCGAGUUGUAUACGCUAGUGCAACAGGCGCCUCAGAGCCCAGGAAUAUGGCCUACAUGGUCCGCUUGGGGAUCUGGGGUGAGGGCACACCAUUCCCCGAGUUUAACGACUUUAUAGCCGCCGUCGAGAAACGAGGGGUGGGAGCUAUGGAGAUCGUCGCCAUGGACAUGAAGCUCAGAGGGAUGUACAUUGCUCGACAGCUGAGUUUUCAUGGUGUUGCUUUUAAAAUUGAGGAGGUGCCCCUUUCCAAAGACUUCACCAAGGUCUAUGAUCACUCGGUCAGGCUGUGGGUUGAUGCCAUGCAGAGGUUUCACGAGGCUGCUGAACUUAUUGAUGCUGAGAACCGUAUGAAGAAGACGAUGUGGGGACAAUUCUGGUCGUCCCAUCAACGAUUCUUCAAGUAUCUCUGCAUUGCUGCCAAGGUGAAACAUGCAGUAGCAGUUGCCCGCGAAGCAGUUAAAUGUGGCAAAUGUGUAGUAAUUGGUCUUCAGUCAACGGGUGAAGCGCGUACCCUAGAGCAGUUGGAGAGAGACGACGGUGAACUGAGUGACUUCGUGUCAACAGCCAAAGGUGUCCUCCAGACGCUAGUGGAGAAGCACUUUCCCGCGCCCGAUCGUAACAGAAUCCAUAGACUUCUAGGUUUGGAGCCUCCAAAAACAGCAGUAAAUAACAACGCUCUGGCGAGUGCAUCCAGUACGCCUCUCUGUGACGACAAUUUUGUGGUUGUUCCCGGUGGUAGCAAACGAAAACCGGUUCGUCAGGCUGCCCAGAGAGCCUCCAAGAAGGUGCGUGCUUGGUCUUCGGAAGAAGAGAUCACCGACGAAGACAAGGCAGAGGCCAAUGCCAAUGGUGGUCACAGUUCCGGUUCAGAAUUCAAACUUUCAGGGAGUGAAAGCGAAGAGGAGAACAGAUCUGACGAAGAGAGCAACGUCAGCUCGGACUUCAAUCCCUUCUACAGCGACAGUGACUCAGACGCUGAUCCCUGGGACAGAAGGAAGAAAAAACCAGGGAGAAAGGCAAAGAAACCAGCGAAGAAGAGGCUCAGUACCCAAGACAAGAUUCAAUCGAUGCUGGCUGAGAAGACAGCAGCAGCUGCAGCGGCCCAGAAACAUAGUAAAAAGAAUGGAGAUUCUGGUGGCCUAGGUGUCACCAUCACGAGCAUUCCCCCAGGUAUGCACUAUCCUGGAAUGAAGCCAAGCAGCAGUGCACCCCCCAGAGACGCAAUUGAACGUGCAUGUUGCAUGAAGGAGGAGUUACUUGCCCAAAUCGAGGCACUCGGUGAAAAAUUACCCCCCAAUACCCUGGACCAGCUGAUAGACGAGCUCGGCGGACCCGAGAAUGUUGCUGAAAUGACGGGAAGAAAGGGACGAGUAGUCCAAACUGAGGAUGGAUCGAUUCAGUAUGAGUCACGCUCUGAAGUUGAUGUUCCCCUCGAGACACUGAAUUUAACGGAAAAACAGCGGUUUAUGGAUGGUGAAAAGACUGUUGCCAUUAUCUCUGAGGCUGCCAGCAGUGGUAUUUCCCUUCAGAGUGACAGACGAGCUCGCAAUCAAAUGCGUAGAGUUCAUAUAACUCUGGAAUUACCCUGGAGUGCUGACAGAGCUAUACAGCAAUUUGGUAGAACUCAUCGUUCUAAUCAAGUAAAUGCACCUGAGUACAUAUUUUUGAUAUCUGAUCUGGCUGGUGAGAGACGUUUUGCUUCCACCGUUGCCAAGAGACUUGAGAGCCUGGGGGCUCUCACCCAUGGUGAUAGAAGGGCGACAGAAACAAGAGACUUGUCGCAGUUUAAUAUUGAUAAUAAGUAUGGUAGAGCUGCCCUGGAGGCCACCAUGAAGACCAUCAUGGGAUAUGAGCCACCACUGGUGCCACCACCUCAGGAUUAUCGUGGUGACUUUUUCAAAGAUGUUGCUGAUGCUCUUGUUGGGGUCGGACUCAUCUGCAACAGUGAAAAUAUGCCUGGGGUGCUUUCACUUGAUAAGGAUUAUAAUAAUAUGUCCAAGUUUCUGAAUAGAAUACUGGGAAUGCCUGUUGAUCUUCAGAAUCGUCUGUUCAAGUAUUUCACUGAUACUCUGACUGCCAUUGUCACACAGGCCAAGAAGACUGGUAGAUUUGACAUGGGAAUUCUGGAUCUGGGAACAUCUGGGGAGAAUGUCAAGAGGGUUAAGACGUUUAGGUUCAUGAGGAAACACUCCACUGGCACUGCUCCCACUGAACUUCAUGUUGUUCAUGUCGAGAGGGGAAUGACUUGGGGUGAGGCCACUGACAAGUGGGCUGAACUUGUUGGAUCCAAGGAGGGAUUCUAUCUCAGUCAUCAAGUGAGAAAUGGAAAACAGACCGCUAUUCUCGCAGUUGCGGUGGAGAAUGGGAAGAAAAAGGGCGAGGGAAAGAAGGAUCAGUUGUAUAUGGUUUACAGGCCCAAUACUGGCCUCCAGUUGAGACAAGAAACACUGGGGGAACUUGAGAAAAAGUACAAGAAAGUGUCCUCCGAUGAGGCUGAACCACACUGGACCCAACAGUUUGAGGCGUCUGUUGAUACGUGUUCGCACGCUUAUUGGAGGGGAAAUUGUAAGAAUGUUACACUUGGAAUGGAUUGUGAAGUUGGACUUCGACGACGAUCUUAUAAUGUUCUUGCCGGCUCGGUACUCAGUGUUUGGAGUAGGGUGGAGUCAAUACUUGCUGCACGUUCUGGUCAUAAUUCUAAAAUGCAAGUUAUCCGGCUGAGGACUGAUGAUGGCUUGAAAGUCGUUGGUACAUUAAUUCCAAAAGCCUGCAUGGAGGCACUACGUCAGGCCCUAUCAUCGGACGCUGAAAAAACUGAAGAGCAGAAUUUUUAACCAAUUAUCGGCUCAUCAGCAAAGCCAACUUCAAUUACUAAAUUAAGUUAUUAAAUCGAAUUACUUUGUCCACACGAUAGCGAAACUGGAGGUGAAAAAAUAAUGUGGAAUUUGUAUGAAUGAAUACUUUUUUUUUAAUUAUAUCUGCAUUGUCCUACUUAUGUGAAUUUCAACAUGGAGACUGUCUACGUGAAUAAUCGAGGGGAAAUUCAUUGAGAUGCUGGUAAUUAAUGCAGCCUCUUUGGGAACGAAUGAGGAAGAGGGGAAAUAGAGUGAAAAAUUCAUGGAUAAAAGUAAAAAUUAAUAAUCGCGCGUUGCUUCCCGUGAUAGAUUAAGUAGUUAGAGGCCCUUACGAACAUUAUUUUUACGUUUCUUCGAGAAGACGCUCACACCAGCGCGCGCGACUGCUAUCAAUAAGUUCGUUUUAUACAUAAUUCUAUGAAUUUUUCAAAGAGGGAAAAAAAUGCAGCAAUUUUAUGAUUUUUCUUUCUUCACUACAUUAUUUACGUACGCAAUAGUGAUAUUUUGACGUACUCAAUAAUAAAGAAAAAUAUGAAAAUUACAUAGUCGCAUAAUCGGAGAGCCUUGUUUUUUUUUUAAUGAAAACUAUUUUAUAUUAACGAAUAUUUCAAUUAUUUCGAUGAAAUAACGGUAGUUGACAGUCUUAACUAAGUAUUAUCGUCAACAGUUGUUUGACGAAAAAAACAAUUAUCACUACGAUUUAAUUAUUCACAAUGAUUCGUCUUAUUUUUGGUGUAGUUGAAUCCGAUGGGCACUUGAUGGUAUAUUUGUUGUAACAAAUUGUCAUAUUAUAUGAACUGUGUAGCAAUUUUCCUAUUAGCAAUAUGAGUGAACGACUCUCGGCUUUACGCUCAAUUCGACCCUACAUUUGUAUUCAAGAGGAUAAAAAAAAUUAUUAAAGAAAAGGAAAUCAUUCUGAUGUAAAUGUGUGGUAGAGGGCUUCAUUUGAAUUCUUUUGUUCUGACGAUGGGCGAGGCUGGUUGCAUCAUUAUUUAAUGAGUCAGAGUCUAUCGGACGAAAUUCUACGAUUUCUGGGGUGAAAUAUCACGUGGAUAUAAUUCAUAAUAAUUAGAAAAAAUGAGAUUUAUAAAUCAUUGAAAUGAAACAUCGAUUCGAGUAAUUUUUUCAUUUACUCGAAUUUUACUCGAUUUAAUUUUUAAUUAAUUGCUCAGUUGUAACGAACUGAAUUCGAUAUUUAUAAUUUAGUGAACUUUAAGAUCAUCCCAACCCCAAAAAAUUAACGAUGUUAAAACGUUAAUAUUUAAAUAUGAUUUUCUACACAAAAAAUUUAUAUUUUGAGAAAUAUAUAAAAAAUAUUUUAAAUUGUC